UGUUUGUGUAAGAGUUCUUUAAUGUCAUCGAGGUUGUGGAUAAGACCUCUAAUGUUCCAGUGUAUUAUUUGUGUAGCCAUAUUGUUCGUGUUUUUAUGCUGUGUGUCAAGAGGAGUCAGGUUAGAGAAAUGACUUACGGAGCCUUUUCAGGCCCCGUGAUUAUGGUACGGGUUUUGUCCUUCUUGGAGCGGUCGCGAGACUCGCGCUGCUCCCGAGGCGCUAGAUGCGCCUUCUGGCUCGGGGUUGUGUCCAUCGACUCCUGGGAGCCGCUGGACUUCCGCUCACUAGAGCGGGGUGUUUUCAGGGUAGGCCUUGCCUCGAAAAGCAGGGCCUUGGAGGCCACCAACCCAGAGGUCGAUGGGCGCUCCUUCGGGGACGGCGCAGCAGCGCUGGCUGCUGACGCCAGGGGGGCUGGUGGCACGGCCGCAACCACGCUCGUUGUGGUCUGGGCCGGAGCCGGAGUCUGCUGCGACGCUGCCCCCUUGCGCGCCGCACCAGCAUACCCUGAGGUUCGAGAGUAUGCUGCGUGUCCACCGUCACAGUUGGGACAGUGGGGUGUGCCAUUACAGUUGUUGGAUUCGUGUUCGUGUUCGCCACACUUUGCACAGGUUAGUCGGCCACGGCAGCUUUGCGAACCAUGGCCAUAUCUCUGACACUUGAAGCAUCUUCGGGGGUUUGGGAUGUAAGGCCUGACUCGAAGUUUGGUAUAUCCUGUUUCUAAGGUUUCUGGCAAAACGGUGGACGCAAAGGUGAGGAUGAGAUGUUUAGUUGGGAUAUCUUGGUUGUCUCGCUUGAUCUUUAUUCUUUGCACCUGAAUCACAUUGUGUUCUUUCCAGCCCUCCAGGAGCUCUUCCUCGCUUAGGCUCAAUAGAUCUUCAUCAGAUAUGACUCCUUUAGAUGUGUUCAGUGAUCGGUGGGGGGUAACAGUGAUUUUCACAUUACGGAACGCUGAGAGACUGGAGAGUUUUCCAUGCUGUACAGUGUCGCGGACCUCGAGAAGAAGGUCGCCACUGCUCAGUUUCGUCACUUUGUAGCCAGCACCUAGUGUUUCGGUAAGGCAUUUAGCUACGAUGAAAGGUGAGAUAGUUCUGACUGUCUUUUCAGGAUCUUGACUGUGUAUUACAUGGUAGCGGGGGAAAGUUUCUUUGCGCUGGCUGAAUAGUUGGAAAGUUUCUUCGGUGCGCCCUCUUUUUGAAAGAGGACGAUCGGAAAGGGGGGGGGGGAAUGACGUGUUAGCCAUGCAGAAUUCAUUUAUUUCGGCAGCUACGCCAGCCGCCCACCACCGAGCCCAACAAGGGGACGCCACGAGUCCGGGAGGAAACGCAGACGCCAGCUGUACGUAGCCACUAUAACCUAAUA